AUGGCAACAAGAGAAAAUGGAGACAACGAGCGGACGAUGCGGGCCUCUCUGCCAGCACCCAGGCUGCUGGGAGAGCGAUAUCAAGAAGCCUUUUCGCCACAAACAUCCCCAGUACGAAAAGUACGUUGACCAGUUACUUCGACAGCGUUGCGUCCCGUCGGAACCUGAACGGCACAGCGACACAGAGAACGAGGGUCUUCCAGUGUUGAAGGUGCAGACUGUAGUUCUAGAUAAGGAUGGCGGAAAAAGAAACGCGAAACAGAGUCCAGCAAACACUACACCGUCACCCGCUGCACGCACUGCGGCCUGCUCUCUACGACAACCCCCUCGCCUGCACAAUGUUGAGGUUCUUCUGGAAGCGGCAAAGUUCUCUCCUUCAUCCACCUCCCUCUCCGUGUCCCCAGUGCUGAUAUGGAGACCUGGGAGACCAGCACACAGACCUCGUGCCACUGCCCAGAGUAGAGUUCAGGAGAAUGUUGCUGUGAAAAAUCUAACCGAUGCCUUGCCAGCGGAGAGGCCUGAUUUUUGCUCUGCAGACAAGGUAAGAGAUCCUAUACAAGAAUUUGUCAUUAACUGCAUUUCUCAGGUGAAGUCCAACUCCAGAUCACACAGUAGAUCUGACAGCAGACCUGACAGCCUGGACAUCCUGCACAAUGUUCCUCACUAUCUCGUAGCUGAGAUCCUCCACCAGCUGCAGAGUGAGAGGUCUUCAACCCCCUCCCCGUCUCCCCAUGAUCACAUCACACACCAGUCAACAGCUGCCAGACCUGACUCUUGCCAUGUCCCCUGCUCCCUCAUCUGUGACCUCUCCACUGGACAAUUAUACAGAAACACACCACCCAAUGUACCAGCAACAACCUCUUCCAGAGACCUGAACACUUCCACCUCUCCUCCUCCAGUUUCCCUGACCUCUCAUGUCAGUGAAGCUCCCAACCCGAAUCCAAAGAUGAAGACAAGGAAGAGGAGAGUUACCCUUCCCUCAGUGUCCAAGAAGACGUCGUUUUCCAGAGCACUGUCUCAGGCUCCCAUGACAGUUCUCCACAGAACCCAGAUACUGGCUCCUACCAGCCAGCCUCGGUUGACUCACACCACCCUAAUCCUUCCUCCCAACCCUUCCCAGAGGCUUCAGCCUAUUUCCUCACACAGUCACACUACACGCUACCCUCUGGGCAAUCCGAUAGUGCCUCGCUCACCUCAGACACACCACCUGAACCCUCUACUGGCACCCUACCCCUCCCCACCCUCACACCCUCCCCAAAUCACAAACAGAUUCCUACACAUAUUGCCUGCCGACUUCCACAAUGCUCGUCUGGUGACUCUUCACUGCUCGUCGAACCUUCCUCCAGACAAUCACCCAGCAAUUAAUGAGGAGUCUACCCCCGAAAAAGAACACGACAGGGACACAGUAUACCUGCCACCAAUCCCUUCCCCCUCCCCUCUUCCCUGUGUGUCCCCUGACCACAUGGACCUGGGUGCUGAGAUAGUUGGAAACCAGUUGGUACUCGACAGAGGAGGAGAACAUGUGGUCCACCCUCUCACUGACUCCGCC